AUGAAAAUCGUAGGAACAGUUGACAAACCCCCCGCAGAAGGGAAAGCAAUUGAAAGCAUCGAGUUUGGCGCUAUCUUUCUUGCAGUCCUCGGUCGGGGCUUGGCGCAAGGCUGGUUCUCGGGUCAUCCUUAUAAAGUCCGACCGAGCGAAUUAGGCGGGCUUCAAGGGGUAUUAGAAGAUCUCUUCGCCGGAAACGCUUCGGCAGUAACAAAUAUGUGGUUCGAAUUGGAGAGACUGAGGGAAUUACUCGGUGAAUCCGUCGGAUUGCGGUAG